AUGGUAAGGGAGUUGUCAGAUCAGGAGAUUGGUGAUGAUGAUGAUGGAUUUGAGCGGAUCGAGUGGGUUGGGGAUGAUGGAUGGGUGUGUGGUGGUGGUGGUGAAGAGGAGGAAGCGGGGACGCGUAUGGAGGCGAGUAUGGAGAUGGAUGUGAAGGGUAUGGAGACGGUGGUGGUGGGAGGGAAGGAGUCGGAUGCGAAAACGAGCACGGAGAUGGUGCCUGCACCUCUGUUGCCGUUGGCGCGUCACCAGCAAAUUGAAGACGGCACCAACGGCACUUGUGCCGAAGAGAAAGAGGUAGAGGGGCAGGAGGAAGCGCUGCUGGCUUACGCAACUACGGACCAGAAGGCAUUACAGCAUCAGGAAAAAGAGCCAGCGGACGUUCCGGACACUAUACAUUCAAGCACAUCAUCUUCGGACAAAUCGUCUUCAAACGCCCCGCCACCCACAAUCACCACAACCACCGCAUACACAAAAACGCACGCUACAGACGCCCCCUUACCACGCAAUCCAUCUGCCACGACGCUUCCUAAAACGCACAUCCGACCCUCUUUCCAAGCGGACAGGUCCAGCGUCAGAAGUACCUUUACCGUCGGAUUAUGGUUUUUGAUACUGGUUUCCUUGGCUGUUUCUGCUAUGGUUCCGUUGGUUGUCGUGGUAGGGGUCCAGCUGUCAAUGGUGAUUGCUUUGGUGGUUGCUCAUUAUAGGGGAUGGUGGUGUGGGUGA